AUGCACGAGGCAAAGUCCCGGUCCGUCCGGCCCAAGCACGCCCCCCCGAUGCUGCUGCCCGAGAUCCUCGAGGUCAUCGUCGAGCACAUUGGUGACAACGACACGCUCCUAGCAUUCCUAUCGCUAUGGCCCGAGAAGCACUUGACGCUUCCGCUCCAGGCGCUUCGACAUCUCCUUGGCCACACCACGAGCCAGCUCCGCAUCGCGUGGCCUCUCGUCCACGUAGUAGAAGACAAUUUGGACGAACAGACAAUGGACUAUCUCUACGGGACGUUUUCGUUGUCGCCACAGAUCCACAUUGAGUAUCCGCUCAGCGACGCGGCCGACCUCGACGACGUGCUUCAAGAUUAUGGGCCGUGUCUGGCCGCCCUCAAGCUCUACUCGUCGUUCGAAGACGUCGACGAUGCCCGCGAGAUGCGCAGUAUGCUGCUCUCGGUACCGCAUCUGCGCCGGCUCGAAGUCCACCUCGUCGACCGCGAUGACGCGAUUCACGGGCUCUCGCUUUUGCUCCACGUACUCGAGCACCCGACGCUGACGCACUUUACGCUUGCCAACGGCGAAGAUCCCGUGCAGCUCGACAUUGCCUUUUCAAACCGGCUGCUCCAGUGGCUCCAGACGCGCCGCGUCCAGCAUCUCUCGCUCGAGAACCUGCUUUUGGACACGAGCGCGGCGCUGCCUUCGGCCCUCAGCCGCGCGAUUGCUGCGAACGACCGGCUCCAAUCGCUGCAUUUGCGCACUGUCGACAUCUUUGAGAGCAGCGUGCUGCACGGCUACGCCUUGCCACAGUCGGUCACGUCGUUCGAGUGGGAAGAGCUGAGCGCGUCGGACAGCAGUGCCAUCGACAAUCUCGUAGCCGCGAUCCAAGACGCACCGGCACUGCGCCACUUGGCAUGCAAGAACAUGGUGCGACUCCUUACCGACUCACGGGCACAGCGCGUGCUCUCGCAGCUCACGUCGCUGACGCUGCACAACGUCACAUCGAGUGAGAUCCCGGCACUCGUCUCGGGCUUGCAGCACGUCGUAAGUCUCAAGCGCCUUCAUGUAUACAACAGCACCUUUCAAGGCGCGUCCGUCGAAGCCUUCCUCGCUGCCGUGAGCUUAUCUCGCGACCUUGAGGAGCUCAGUAUUUAUGGUCAUCGGUUUACAACCACAGAGCUCGGUCUCUGGCUGGAGGCGGUGCCUCGCUGGCCGAGGCUGCGGUCGCUGGCGCUGGCGUCGCACCGAUGCUCGCUGUCGCAAUGCCUCUCGCUACUACCGGCCAUUGCUGGCGCGGCCCAGCACCUCACGUCCCUGGAUUUGUCCAACGACGUCUGGUCGCGAGGUGAAAAGGACCUCUUUUGGCGCGAGCUCGCAACCGUUGCACGCGUCGAUGUAGUCUUGUCGGUGCCGGCCAGCGUUGCGUCUCGCUGAAUCAAGAAGCGAGGCGGAUGCUCCAAGGCAAGGCUCCAGUUGGCACGCAUGGGCUGGCUACACCUAUACAGUCAAUGCAGCUAAAGAUGACAUGUAUCCGGUGUCAGUGGAUAGGCCACUUGACGGGCGGAGGUCGACCGAUCGGUCCUCGCUCUUGCGUUCUUUGUGAGAUACAAUCGCCCGAGAGUAGAUACCACGACCACGUAUUUCGUGCAGCUUAGUACAGCUCUUUAGACAGUCGCUGGCAAAAUGCAGAUGCCGCAUUUGCU